AUGUUCCAAAUCUACCAACCGCUCGCCAGCUGUGCGCCAUCCACGCAUGAAGACGUCUACAUUUUUGCAAUAGCCCCCGUCGCGGGACGCGGACUUGCUGCCAUCACUUCUGCCGAUGAGCUUCUUCUCCUCGAUAGGGACAACCUGGCGGUUUCCAACCCCGUGGGGAUUCAAGGGGUGCCCCAUAGGCUCUCUUCGUUGGUGGUUGACGAGCAGGGAACAAGUCUGAUUUGUGCUGGAGACGAUGGGACCGUGGCAAUUUUUGACGUCCGAACUCAGUCCAGUGUUGCCCACUUCAAGUCGGCCAAACCUGUCAAUUCUCUGGCUCUCAGGCUGAACGAUGUGGCUCUUGGCAGCGAAGCGCUCGUAUCCGUCUGGGAUCGAAGACAAGCGAAGGUCAGAUGGCAGAAUGCUGAGAUCAACGAUGAAAUCACGGCAUUGGGCUUCCACCCCUCCAGGGAUAAUCUGCUUCUGAGCGGAGGCGAUGACGGUGUAGUCUGCGUGUUUGACACCCAAAUUCAAGAAGAGCAGGACAGUCUGCUUCAGGCCGUCAACCAUGGUCCAAUUCACAAGGCAGGCUUCUUGGGACCAACAAAUCUAUACGCUUUGAGUUCGGACCAGAAUCUGGCGCUGCACUCUCUCACCGUUGAUGACGCAGAUGCGGAAACAGAUCAACCAGCACCGGAUCAGUUGGGCGAUCUGAGACCAAUUAUCCCCUGUGAAUAUGUGAUUGACAUCCUCCAAAGCGGCACGGACCAUGUCGUGGCUUGUGGCUCGCAUAGCAAUUCUCGUGUUGACUUGGUCCGAGUGGGUCGAGGAACAGGCCUCAAUGUGGAACAGCGAAUUGUCCUCGAAAAUGCCCAUGGUGGAGAGGUUGUUCGAUCAAUAUUUGCAGACGAGACCGACGGUACAAUUUUUACGGCAGGCGAAGACGGACGCAUUAUGGCAUUUCGUCCAUACAGCAGCGGUCUACCUACCACUCCUAUCGACCGCGCCUUCAUCCAAGGGACUUAUAAUUCGGGCCUUCCUCGGGGCCAGAAGAUCAAUGACAAAAGACUGGGCUCGGGCCUUGCCUUCCGGGAAACGAGCGCAACAGACCGUCGGAACAACGCCGCUGGAGGUCGCGCCGACAAUCCAACCAUCCGCUUGAACGCGAAAUAUGACUGGACAAAUGUCAAGAUCAAGGGGAAACACCUUGUCAUGAGGCAACGUGGCUACAGCCGGAAAGACCUGGAUGCUUACGCGACGGUCAGCAUUGCCGGUAUCCAGAGUCGACAGAUUGACAUGCUCUACGGAACCUACCGAGCAGUUUUCAAAGUCGAGGGAUCCAACGGUGGCGCCUGCUGGGAUCUAACUGCGGCGCAGGACGACCGAUCAGAAAUUGACAUGGAGAUUGUCACAAAAGGCACUUCGCUUGUGAACAACACGAUUAGCUUCACUUCACAUCCGUCUAGCGCACCAGAUGGCUCUCCCGUCCCAGGCGCGACCUUGGCCAAGUCAUUAGACGAACCCCAAUUCAACACGGACGUGUUUCGCGAAUAUCGCUUUGACAGCCACCCGGACCUUGGGGUCGCUUUUUACGUUGAUGGCAAGCUUGUUCACAAGAAUACCAACAACGUCCCAAAAGAGGGCGGCAACCUACAACUCAAGUUAUGGGCGGACGGGAACCAAUGGUGGAGCGGAACACCUAGCACUUCGGACGUAUUUAUGACUGUUGGGAGCGUUGUUGCAUACUACAACACCACUAAACUGGACCCCGGUUGGUUGGACAAGUGCAAAGCUGCCGGAGGCCCAAGCAAAAGCACUAUGUGCACCAUCUAA